CGACUGAUUCCGCGCCUGAUAUAGUCAGUUUGCGUAAAAGGGGGACCGAUGAAUUCCAUUGUGAAUAACGUUAAAAUAAAUGUAAAAACAUAUUACUAGUAUUAAGUUUCAAACCCAUACUAACUCGCCUAAACAUUUUUACAAAAAAACUUUCAGUAUAAAAAAUACAAUAAAAUAAAUAGUUUUUUUGACAAAUUGCCAUCGCAUUCCAUAGGUUAAAUCUCUCACUUUGAUGCAGGGAUGAAGGCAACUGUUAGCACAGCGAAAUCCUACCUUAGUCUGUGUACUGCGUUAUUGGUUAUUAUUCUGCCUACCAUAGCUGUUCCAGUAUUUCGUUUCUACGCCUGUAUUAGAAAUGAUUUGAUUUAUACAAUUUGAUUGGUAUUUUAUUAAGAAACCUUUUAAUAACAUAUACAUAUUUUUAAUAAGAUGAUAUUAUGGUAAUUGGUAUGGGUUUAAAAGUUAAUAAAUGUACUAUAUUUUUGUAAAGAAUAUUAUGGAAGUUAGUAUGGGUUUAAAAGUGAAUAAUAUAUUUUUAUAUUAGUUUUAACGUCAGUCAUUACAGAGUUGCAUAAAAAUUCAUCGGUUUCCGUUUCACGCAAACGGACUAUGAUAUAAACACAAAAAUAAGUUGAAAUAAAAUGUAUGAUUUAGUACCACCCAUUCAGAAUGUCUGGAUUCCAUGCAAAUUUGUGUUUUCGUUCUCAUUACUUUUUUAUUGCUUAGUCUUAUCUUUCUUUUUUCGUCAUUGUUUACUUUUAUUGAUGCGAAAAAUUCGCCAAAUAAAGCGUUCAUCCCGACAAAUGAAAUAACAGUUUUCUUUAGCAAGUGGCGUUUUCAGGAGGGCGAGCACCCGCGAAUAAUUUCUUUGGUACCAUCCUGUUCUAUCACAUCACGUCCAUAUAACGUUAGGUGCAAAAACCAGUCUAGCCAGCGACUGCUAACGCUCGCCGUCCUGAACAUGACUGGAGUUACUUAUAAAUCUACACAGCUAUGCUCCUUUUAAACGUGUCCCGUAAUAAAUAAAUUUCGGCCAUGUAUGGUAGAAACCGUCUGAAUACUAUACGUGUACUUUUAUAUAUCGGUGGAAAUUUAAACUCACUGGAUGUAAUUUACGUUAUUAGUUUGUAAUUGUAAAAUGUUCCACGCGGACUAGAUGAACUGUGGUUCCAGUUGAUAUGGUUACUAAUGGAGAAGGAUUUAUUUACCCAUCCUUGUUGGGAGAUUAACACAAAGGGGGAUAACAAUGACAAAUCAUUGAUUUCCGACGUACAAUAAAAUGUUAGGUAAACAGCAAAUAGCAGCACUCGAGUAGUGUUAUUAUUACUUCAUUAAGCCCAAUACAGACACUUACUGGACUAAAGGACGAUACUGUUAUUAUCUAUCAUGUUAUUGGUAACUUUGACCAUCGAUGCCAUUUGUGCUGAGGAACAGUACGCGGAACGUCGAGUUCUACCGGCGUGGAGAAUUUUCGUGUUAAGAGUAAAACUAUGUCUACGUUCAUAAAGAGAAGUCCGGGAAAAAGAGGCGUUUCGAAAUUUCGUAAAAGACUUCUGUUUCGCUGUUAUUUACAUCGGAGCAAAGUUCAGCUAACAGCUGAUGACAUGGAACUGUUUGUACAGAUUGCCGGGUCAGGAGACCUAAAGGAGUUUGAAAGACUAUACAGUGCGGACCCAUCGUUGCUAUAUGUUCAGAACGGUAAAGGCCAUGCGGCAGUUCACGUGGCGGCUAUUAAAGGGCAGAUUAACAUUUUGGAAUUCAUUGCCCUGCGUGGAGGUGAUUUUGACCUUCAGAAUUGUCAAGGGAACACAGCUCUGCACCUGGCUGUACACUGUGACCAGAUCAAUGUCAUCAACUUCCUCAUCGAGCACGGCGCCUCCACCGACAUCCACAACAACGACAGGACGGCGCCAAUUCACGUCGCCGUCACAGUGGGUAGCAUCAGCGCUUUAAAGGCUCUACUCCAGCAUGACCAGGUGGACGUGAACCAGGCCGGUGAGAGUGGCUUCACACCUCUCCACUACUGCGCACUCUCAGAUAACGACAAAGGGGCGGAACUUCUGCUGGAAUAUGGUGCCAAGCCCUGCGUCAAGUGUGAUUUCGGGUUCUACGCCAUCCACGCCGCGGCCAAAUCAGCAUCGUCCACAACACUGGAAGUGUUGAUAAAGCAUUCUGAAUCUCUCGGCUACACUCGAGAGGCUGUGUUAUCCUGGAAGGACAUGGAGAACAACAUGCCUCUCCACUCAGCGGUCAACGGAGGAAACAUCAAAGCCGUGGAAGUUUGUCUCAAGGCAGGUGCACCUGUGAAUGUCUUACAGGAUGACAGGGCGACUCCAGUUCAUUUCGCCUGUCUUCAAGGAAAUCUCGACAUGCUUCAUCUCAUGUACAACGCUCAGCCAGGCAACUUUGAGAAUGCUCUGCAUGUCUCCGACAGCUGUGACAUGACGCCGUUACACCGCGCCGCUCUCUUCAACCACGUGGCUGUCGUCAGAUUCCUGGUGGAGAAAGGAGCUGACGUGAACGCUAAAGACUGUCACGGUAGAACGCCGUUGUUGCUGUCAGCGUCAAAGUGCGGUUGGCUUACGGUAAAAUGCUUGCUGGAAAACAAAGCAGAUUUAUGUGUGAAGGACGAGCACAACAGGAACUUCCUUCAUAUAGCCAUCAAGUUUGGUGGAAACCCCAACGACUUCGUUGACUUUGAAGAGCUUGUGAAGAGUCACCUAAACGAGAAGGACGACUACGGCUGCACGCCGCUCCACUACGCGUGUAAGGAGGGACACUUGAAGGCUGUCGACGAGCUGCUGAAGAUGGGAGCGAGUGUAAAUGUGAAGAACAACGAGAAACAGAGUCCAUUCCAUUUCGCUGCCAGAUAUGGUCGAUUUAUGACAUGCAAACGUCUGUUGGAGACUGACCAGGGUCCAAACAUUAUCAACGAGACUGAUGCCAAGGGUAGAACUGCUCUACACAUCGCCUCGAUGAAUGGUUACACCAAAAUCAUCAGUCUACUUAUGCAGAAAGGUGCAGUUUUUGCUAAAGACUACGAGAGUAACAACGCCCUGCAUUAUGCUGCGAUGAACGGUUACACGCAAAGCAUUCGUCUGUUGGUGAGCGUGCAUUCCAAUCUCCUGAACGCAGCCAACGUAAAGGGGGAGACCGCCCUUCAUGCUGCAGCCAAAAAUGGAAAGGCGCAUGCAGUGACUCUUCUCCUGACCCUGGGGGCACGGAUUACUAAGAACAACGACAACAGGUCGUUCUUCGACUACAUUUUAGAAAACCAACAGACAGAGGUGGCUUUGGCCGUUGUUGACCACGAAAGAUGGGAAGAUGUUAUGAAUACAUGCUCUGGACCUUACGGGUGUCCUAUGCUGGGACUUAUUAAGCAGUUACCAGAAGUCUGCAUGGCUGUACUUGAUCGAUGUCAACAACAAUCUCUUCAUGACACCAAGAGCAAGGACUACUUUUCUUUGAGAGUACGUGUUUUGCAGGUGGAAUACAACUAUAAAUACUUGCAAUGUCCCAUGGAAUAUGUGCUUGAGUUGAAACGACAGGGAGAACCUUACACUCCGAUGCUACUGCUCAAUGUAAUGGUGAAGAAUGGACGAGUAGAAUGUCUGUCGCAUCCUCUCUGUGUCAGUUUCCUUAACGCUAAGUGGAACGACUAUGGGAAGUAUUUCUGCACGAUGUACCUGUUUAUAUACAUGGCGUACCUUGGUCUGCUUACUGCGUUUGUUGUGAGCCACGAAUCUCUACAUCACUAUGACACGUGGUCAGUUGACAACGAAACACUGGCGAUGCUGGGAGGGAACUUCUAUACAGGAUAUCAGUUUCGACCAGUGUAUGCGACCUCGUUGUGGAUUAUUACAAUAUACAGCGUUCUGAACAUCAUGAAGGAAAUAGUGCACGUGUUUAGGCAGAGAGCGCGAUACUUCCUGGAAAUUCAGAACUUGCUGCAGAUAUCUCUGUACACGUUGUCGAUGCUGUUCGCAGGACCCUUCCUGUUCGGGUUGUCCUUUCAUUGGCAGUGGGAGGCAGGCGCGGUGGUCAUUUUCCUCGCCUGGUUCAACGCGAUGGUCUUUUUACAGCGAUUUGACUUCUUUGGGAUCUAUGUGGUGAUGUUUCUUGAAAUUCUGCGGACAUUGUUUCAAGUUCUGUGUGUGUUUUCCAUUCUGAUCAUUGCGUUUGGACUCGCCUUCUUUAUGCUACUGAAUCAAGAGGAGAGUAAAGCAUUCAAUAACCCAGCACUGGCCUUAUUGAAGACGGCAACCAUGAUGCUAGAAUUGGACUACAUGAAUUCCUUCAACAAGCCCUACAAUGAUGACUCUGACCAGACUCUCCACUUCAGUAACCUCACUCUGGCUUUCCUCGCUGUCUUCAUAUUGCUCAUGCCAAUUCUACUCGUCAAUCUAUUGACUGGGUUGGCUGUUGGAGAUAUUGUAGCUGUUCAGAGAGAUGCUCAACUAAAGCGGCUAGCGAUGCAGGUUGAACUGUACACAGACUUGGAGCGAAAGAUGCCUGCUGCCUUGUUGUCCAAGCUGGAUAGGAUGACUCAGAAAAUCUACCCAAACCAGACCGACAACACUUUGCAUAAUUUGUGGACCAAAGUUACUAACAACGAUGAGGAGUCGUCAUCUGCUGAUGGAGAUUCAGUUCACAAUUCCCAGGUGUUCAGUGAGCUGGAAAAGCAGAAGAAAAGGAUUAAGGAGAUAAGCAGCACGACAGACAGGUGUCACGAACUGCUUCGCCUGGUUAUACAGAAGUUGGAGAUCCCGACUGAAGACGACGUGUGGGACGAGGGGAUUCGAUCCGCGGAUAGCGUGGACUCCAUCAUUCACACGUGCCACUCGUUGCCAGAGGCGUCUGGUGUCUCCAAAUGGAGGAAUAGUUUUAAUCUCUAGAAGUAGCACCACGUGGUAUGUGCUGUCCUGUCUGUGGGAUGGUGCAUGUAAACGAACCCUUGCUACUGAUGGAAAACUGUAGCGGGUUUCCUUUCCAAGACUAUAAUAUUAUGUUAUAAUUUACAAAUGUUUGACA